CCCCCCCCCCCCCCCUUGAUGCAUUCAGUAAUCGCACAAGGAACAGAAAUUAUAUGCUCACUGUAAACAAAAGUUCUACCAUUCUGGUUUAAUCUGACUUUGACCUUUAACCUAACAAGAGAUUACAGAGUGAUCUUAGCGCCAUCCACUGAGCCAUUUUUGAAUGUUCCAAAUUUCAAGACUAGCUCAAGGUCAAAAUCGAGGUCAAAUUUCUUUUUGGUAAAAAAAACAAUGUGGUCCAAAUUUGAAAGCUGUGGCUUGAGAAAUGUGAAAGCAGGUCACUAGAUCAAUUUCAAGGUCAAAGUUCAUUUCGGUAGACAGAACUAUGCAUGUGCUUCAAAUUUGAAGGCUGUAGCUUGAGAAAUUUGAAAGUAGGUAAUAGAUAAAAAUCAGUGUCAAAUUUCAAUUUAGAACACAAAAAUAUGCAUGCGGUCCAAAUUUGAAGCCUCUAGCUUCAGAAAUGUGACAGUAGGUCACUAGGUCAAUCUCAAGAUCAAAGUUCAUUUCGGUACACAAAACUAUGCAUGUGGUUCAAAUUUGAAGGCUGUAGCUUGAGAAAUGUGACGGUAGGUCACUAGGUCAAAAUCAAGGUCAAAUUUUAUUUCGGAACACAAAACUAUGCAAGUGGUUUAAAUUUGAAGCCUGUACCUUCAGAAAUGUGAAAGUAGGUCACUAAGUCAAUCUCAAGAUCAAAGUUCAUUUCAGUACACAAAACUAUGUUUUUGGUUCAAAUUUGAAGGAUGUAGCUUGAGAAAUGUGAAAGUAGGUCACUAGGUCAAAAUCAAGGUCAAAUUUUAUUUUGGAACAAAAAACUAUGCAUGUUGUCCAAAUUUGAAGCCUGUACCUUCAAAAAUGUGAAAGUAGGUCACUAGGUCAAUAACAAGGUCAAACUUUCCGGUACACAAAACCUAUGCAUGUGGUCCAAAUCUGAAGGCUGUAUCUACGGAAAUGUAAAAGUAGGUCACUAGGUCAAGAUCAAGGUCAACUCAUGUCAAGGUUCAUCUUGCCACUCAAAACUAUACAUGUGGUCCAAAUUUGAAUGAUGUAAGUUAUAGACAAGGAGAUUCUAAGGUUUUCCCUAUACAAGUCUAUAUGAACCAUAUGACCCCUGGGGCGGGGCCAUAUUUGACCCUAGAGGAAUAAUUUGAACAAACUUGGUAGAGAACCACUAAAUGAUGCUACAUUACAAAAUAUCAAAGCCAUAGUCUUUGUGAUUUGGACAAAAAGAUUUUCAAAGUUUUUCCCUAUAUAAGUCUAUGUAAACCAUGUGACCCCAAGGGCGGAGCCAUAUUUGACCCUAGGGGAAUAAUUUGAAAAAUCUUAGUAGAGGACCACUAGAUGAUGUCAUAUACAAAAUAUCAAAGCCCUAGGCCCUGUGGUUUUGGACAAGAGGUUUUUCAAAGCUUUUUCCUAUAUAAGUCUAUAUAAACCAUGUGAUCCCCGGGGCGGGGCCAUAUUUGACCCCAGGGAAAUAAUCUGAACAAUCUUGGUAGAGGACCACUAGGUUUUGCUACAUACCAAAUAUCAAAGUUCUAGGCCCUAUGGUUUUGGAGAAGAGAUCAGAAACCGUUUAACUGUUUCUGGCCAAUGUGACCUUGACCUUUGACCUAAUGACCUCAAAAUCAAUAGGGGUCUUCUGCUGGUCAUGGCCAACCUAACUAUCAAUUUUCCUGACACUAGGCCUAAGCGUUCUUCAGUUAUUGCCUGGAAACCAUUUUACUGUUCCUAGUCACCUCAAAAUCAAUAAGGUCAUCUGCUGGUCAUGACCAAUCUCCUUAUCAACGUUCGUGACCAUAGUCCUAAGUGUUCUUGAGUUAUCAUCCGGAAACCGUUUUACUGUUCAGGGUCACUGUGACCUUGACCUUUAACAAACUGACCUCAAAAUCAAUAGGGGUCAUCUGCUGGUCAUUACCAACCUCCCUAUGAACUUUCACGAUCCUAGGCACAAGUGUUCUUGAGUUAUCAUCCGGAAACCGUUUUACUAUUCAGGGUCACUAUCAUUAUGUUUAAUAACAAUUCAAACGCCUUCAUCACCAUAGUCAUCGUAAACAAUAGUGAAAACAACUACUAGUAAGCUGUAUAAGCCGUGUAAAAGCGUUAUAUUGCGUAACUCUUUCAAUCUCAGUAUUUUAAACUUUUAUUAUGUAGAUAAUGAAAAGGGUAAUUAUAGUAACAUAUCGGAAAUUCCACUGUUUGGUGCUAUUAAUAGUAACAAAAAGUGGAAAUCCACUAUUUAUAAAAAUAGUAACAUUCAUCAGUAAGAAAUAGUGGAAAUUCCACUAUUUGUUACCAUUAAUAGUAACAAAAAAUUGAAAUCCCACUUUUUGUAAAAAUAGUAACAAGUAUGAAAUCAUCAUCAACGUAGAUGACUUUAUUAUAAUAUAUCAAUCAUUUUAUCAAAAACAGCAAACAAAAACUAUUAGCACAAUCUGUAGCGCGUUGCAUGAAAAUAAUUUUGUGGUUUCUUAUGGAUUUAUUUUCGCCCUGGGAUGGAUAUUUAUUCUUGUUUUUUAUGGUUUACACAAAAGUAUCAUAACUCAUUUAAUGAUAAAUUUAAGUUAACCUGUAUACGGGCAGAUGAUUCUUUUUAUAUGCCCGUUUUGGCGCGUACUUCUGUUUGUCCAUUGUCUAUCAUAAUUCAUGUGCUGGAGCAUAACUCAUCAACCAUUCAAGUUAUUCAUACUUCAAAGUAUUGAGUGAUGUCUUGGAUUAGAAUCUGGAGUGAGAUUUUGGAGUGACUUUGGAGUCUUAAUUUUGGAGUGAGAUUUUGGAGCAAAUUUAAUAGCGUUAUUCAUCUGCAGUUUGAAUAGUUAUUGAGACUAAAACAGUCGCAUAAAUGGUCAAAUGAUAUAUGUAAGACGAAGUAAUAAUGAUUAAUUAGUGUUGCUGUUGCAAAUCAUAAUGAGAAUGGUAAUAGUUGGAAUGUUGAAUCAUAUCUAUUUAAUGUAACGUGCGACUGGUAGCUGUUCCACUGAUUAUGGAAAUGUUGAGGAUUUGUGUAAUAUUGCUUGCUGUAUGUGUCUUUUAGGAUCAGCAACUACGUUAUCGUCAUAAUUGUCGUCAACAUUGUAAUCCUGAGAAACCAUGUCAUCGGCAACAGAUACACAUGAUCAGUGAAAUCUGUUUAGAUAACUAAGACUUACCACUACAAGGAGAAGAAAUAGUGUCAACAAUGGGAAAGUGGUUGAUGGCGAUUGUCGUUUUGUUGUUUUAUUGUCUACCAUGGAUUAUUCUGAUUUGUUCGUCACAAAGGAAUAAUUACGUGAAAAAUGAUUUACAUACAUCUUAUAAUCCGUCUGGAACUAACAUAAAUCGCAUUCUGGGAAGCUGUUACAAUGUAGUACGUUUUCAAUUCAGUGUAAAGCUGUCGUUUGUGUCUCAUCUAAAAUGGAUCGCAUUGGGUAUUAUGACGCACAUUCUUUCCAUUCUAUAUCAGAAUGUGAGACAACAUAAAAUAAAACAGAAGUCCGAACUUAAUCACUCCUCAAGAAAACAAGCUGAUCCAUUUCAGUUCAUGUUUUCAUCAGUUCCAGUUAAUCUGAAUGUAUACGGUCUGACUGAUAUAAUUAGAGAAAUCUCCUCUCCCAUAAUUGACCUGUCAUUAAUGCGGUACGAGUGGUUAAGAUAUGAAACAUAUAAGACUUACCCGUUUGAUGGACCAUCCACACCUUCAAAGCUGGCAGCAAAUGGAUUUUAUUAUACAAAACAAGGGACCAAUGUCAAAUGUUUCAGCUGUAACGUAACAAAUAACAUCUGGCCAGAAAAUGAAACUGUUGCAGAGACACAUCAACGAAUUUCACCAGAUUGUAGUUUUGAAAGUUGUGAUGUCCCAAUACAUGAACGCAUUGACAAUACUGGAGCAAACAGAGACAGGAUUAGGUACCCUGACUUUGCAACUUUGGAAAAAAGAAAGCUUUCAUUUCUGGAAUGGUCGAAAAAAAGUUUAUUGAAUGAUCACUUCGCCGAAGCAGGUUUCUUUUAUACAGGAAAUGCGGAUUUAUGUAGAUGUUUUACAUGCGGUGGCGGAUUGAAGGACUGGUGUGCAGGAGAUGAUCCAUAUAAAGAACAUGCAACACAUUUUCCUAAUUGUGCCUACAUCAAAGAGUUGAAAGGAAGAGCUACACGAGAUAGACGAAAUGAUACAAACCAACAACCGUCAAGAACACGAUCUCGGAAAUAUCAAGACGUAGGUGCACGACUAGCGUCUUUCAAAACAUUUCCACUAAGAGAUAAAAUUUCAGCUGUACAAAUGGCUUCAGCUGGAUUUUAUUUCACGGGAAAAGCAGAUUUAUGUAGAUGUUUUUCAUGUGAUGUCGGAUUGAAGGAGUGGAUUGCAGGAGAUGAUCCAUACAAAGAACAUGCAAUGUUUUCUCCUAAUUGUGCCCACAUAAAUGAGUUGAAAGGAAGAGACUAUGUCACAGCUACACAAGAUAGAAGACGAAAUGAUACAAACGAUCAACAACCUUCUUUGAGAAUACGAUCUCCACAAUAUCAAGACGUAGGGGCAAGAGUUGCCUCUUUCAAGACAUUUCCACGAAGAGAUAUAUUUCCAGCUGUGCAAAUGGCUUCAGCAGGGCUUUAUUUCACGGGAGACUCAGAUUUAUGCAGAUGUUUUACAUGCGGUUGCGGACUUUAUGAAUGGUGUGCAGGAGAUGAUCCUUAUGAAGAACAUGCAAAAUAUGCUCCUAAUUGUGCCUACAUCAUUGAGUUGAAAGGAAGAUACUUUACCACAGCUACGCAAGAUAGAAGACGAAAUGGUACAAACGUUAAUGAAGGUAGACAGACUGAGUCAGAAUCUUCAAGUGCUCGCGAAACUGUUACGGAUGACCUUAAUAGCAGUGCUGCACAAUUGCUUAUAUCGAUGGGUUAUAACGAAUCCUUCGUGAAAGCUGCUAUUGAAGACUUAAGGAAAACCAAUGGUAAUGAGCCCCUACCUAGCAUUAUGCAGUUCGGACAUUUCACGGGUCGCGUGAUACACCUGGGACAGAAAAAAGGCAAUGACAGGCCAAAGGAAUGUACAAAGUGUUUCAUGUCCGGGCACGUGUUUGCUACCUGCCCUAAUGACUGGGUGUGUGCGACGUGUAAAAGUCCUGGACAUAAGCAGAACGAAUGUAAUCGCUUCUCCAGAGAUACCAACGAAACUGAAACCGAGUCAGACGUCAACGGAGACGAAGACAAGACUAGUAAAGGGGGUCAGUUUUCCGACUCAGAUGAGACGGACGUAGACACUACGGUAAAAUGUGCACAGCCUGCUCACUCUACACCAAAGUCUAGUCGUGCUGACUCGACCGUAAACGCGAACAGUGACAAUUCGUCUGCUAAAGGCACGUGUAUUCAACAAACGCUGCACAAGUUUGCAAAUAGCGGGAGUAGCGAAACUCCGAACCGAGGCAAACAGCCAAUCGUUAGCGAGCGGACACCACCGACGCCACCCGAAGAGUUACACGAUAAGCAACGAGUGAACACGAAGCGAGGAAAAAAGAGACGUUAA